AAUUUUUUGACAACCCCUUUUUCAAUAUAAUAAAUAAACAAAUAUUAGUAUUGAUUAAUUGAGAAUAAUACACUACCAAGAUUCACUCUUUCUGUGUCUCCUCCUGGACACAAAUCCGUGACCUAGAUCCAUGCAUUCUUCCUUGUCUCUGCUCAAGUUUUAAUCUUUUGUUUGACCCUUCCCUUUUCAGGUACUUUUAAAAAAACCCAUCUUGUAUUUUUGCCAAAAGGGUUCAAUCUUGCAUUUUCUUGAUUUUUUAUCAGAGUUCUUGUGUAAUUUUGUAUAAUUGUGUUGUUUGAGUAGUUGAAAGUUUGUAUAGGGUUAUAUAGUUGAUGGGUCAGUUUUCUUUUUUAGUAAAAUCAAUUUGUGAUUUUAAGUCUGUUUAAGUUGGAUAAUGAUGUGAUGAACAGGGAAGAGGGUGAAUUUGUGAAAUAGGGGUUUGGAGUGAUUGUUUUUGUGGAGUUCUAGGCUAUUGGUUGGGGGUGUAAAAUGGGUGUCAAUUGUUGUAAGCCUUCUGCAAUUGAAGAUAGUAGGGAGAGUCCAAGAGAGAGGUUGUCUAGUAAGGCUUCGUCGGACAUUCGGGUUGGGAGGGUUACUUCAUCUAGGCAAGAGGAGGGGUGUAGAGGGAAAGAUCGGUUAGAUGGGUAUGAUGGGAGGGCAAUGCUGAUUGAUAAGCAAGUUAAUGGUUCAAUUAGGUUGAAUGGAGAGCAUUUUGAGAGGAAAAGAGAAAAGAGUGAGUAUGCUAUUGCUAUGAACCAUCCUGGAUCAGGUAGGAUUCUGAGAGCUACAGAAGGGGAACAGGUUGCUGCUGGAUGGCCCCCAUGGUUGGCUGGAGUGGCCGGUGAAGCUAUAAGAGGAUGGAUACCAAGAAAGGCAGAUUCUUUUGAGAAAUUGGAUAAAAUUGGCCAAGGUACAUACAGUAAUGUAUAUCGAGCUCGUGAUCUAGAUAAGGGAAAGAUAGUUGCAUUAAAGAAAGUACGAUUUGAUAACCUGGAACCUGAGAGUGUUCGUUUUAUGGCCAGAGAGAUUCAUAUUCUACGUAGACUUGAUCAUCCAAAUAUAAUAAAAUUGGAAGGUCUUGUCACGUCAAGGAUGUCAUGCAGUUUGUAUCUUGUUUUCGAGUAUAUGGAGCAUGAUCUUUCGGGGCUUGCUUCUCACCCUAGCCUGAAGUUUACAGAAUCACAGGUCAAGUGUUACAUGCAGCAACUUUUACGUGGACUAGAUCAUUGUCACAAUUGUGGUAUUUUGCACCGUGACAUAAAAGGUUCAAACCUUUUAAUAGACAAUAAUGGCAUUUUAAAAAUAGCAGACUUCGGUUUGGCAAGCUUUUAUGAUCCUCGCCAAAGUCAGCCUUUGACAAGCCGGGUUGUUACUCUUUGGUAUCGCCCCCCUGAGCUUUUGCUAGGCGCCACUUAUUAUGGUACUGCUGUGGAUUUAUGGAGUGCUGGUUGCAUACUCGCUGAAUUAUAUGCAGGCAAACCAAUUAUGCCUGGAAGAACUGAGGUGGAACAACUGCAUAAAAUUUUUAAGCUUUGUGGCUCACCCUCUGAAGAUUAUUGGAGAAAAUCGAAGCUUCCCCAUGCAACCAUAUUUAAGCCUCAACAGCCAUAUAGAAGAUGUGUGGCAGAGACAUUUAAGGAUUUUCCUGCACCAGCAUUGGCGCUUAUGGAAACCCUGCUUUCCAUAGAUCCUGCUGAUCGUCAAUCUGCAGCUAAUGCUUUGAGGAGUGAGUUCUUUUCUUCCAAACCACUUCCAUGUGAGCCUUCAAGCUUGCCAAAGUAUCCCCCUAGCAAAGAAUUAGAUGCAAAGCUACGGGAUGAAGAAGCUAGAAGGCAAGCAGCAGGUGGAAAUAAGGUUCCUAGAUAUGAUGCUGAAAGGAAAGUAAAAAGAGAGUCUCGGGCCGUUCCAGCACCUGAUGCUAAUGCUGAGCUAGUCCUCUCAAUGCAGAAAAGAAGAGGUCAAUCCAAUUCCAGGAGUGAGAAAUUCCCUCAGGAAGAAGUGGCCUCUGGCUUUCCCAUUGAGCCUCCUAGACCAUCCCAAGCUGUUGAAGAAGAAGCCAAUGACCCCCAGGGUAAUCUUCACAAAAGAGCUUCUCAUUCCGGACCAUUGGUUCACCGAGCUUCAUGGACAAAGGUCGGGAAAAACAUGGAUGAUCCACCUAAGAUUUCGACUGGUGCUGAGUUAUCCUCGGUUAAUAGUCUAGUUGCGGCUAGGAGAAGUUUAAUAUCUGAAGAUCGCAGAGAUAAGCCUGGUUAUUUACAACAAGAAACUCCGAAAGUAAUUGGAAGGUUUCCAGGAUCUUUCAAGGAGUCUUCUGAUUCAGGGAGAAAGCAGGAUCAUAUGCCAAGUGUUACAGGCCAACCACAUGAGGAUGGAAGAAAUAACAACAAAGAUCCAAUCCUUCUUGGUUACGGGUCAAAAGGCAACAACAUUCACUACUCUGGACCGCUGCUAGCUCCAGCAGGCAAAGUUGAUCAGAUACUGAAAGACCGUGAUCGCCAUGUCCAAGAAGCAGUUAGACGUUCACGUAUAGACAAGGCGAAGUUGAAAAGAAUUCAGGCCGAAAAGAACCAGUUAUCAACCAAUUCAUUUUUCAUAUCUGGUCGUUGAACUACAGCGGUCCAAAUGUUAAGAACAAAUUACCUUUAAAGAAAAUCCAUCUUUAAUUGUUUAGUAUUUAAGUUGUAGGUUUUUUUCUUAAAUAAUGACAGGCAAUUCUCUGGAUGAUAUAUAGGUUGUACUAGGAAGUUGUUACUUCUUUUUUUUCCUCAUGUAUUCCACACAUGCAGUCUCUACUAUAUAUGUAUAUUGUCCAUUAGAGUAGA